GUGCUUUUCGAAAUCCGCUAUCCAACAAGGAAUUCGCAAAAUUACUUAGUUCAGAAUAGUUUGGUUACUCUAGAGGAAACAACAAUGACGUUCAAUAAAGAUGAAAUGCACGCGCCGGCCUGGAUGAAUAGUGCAUUUUUCGAAAAGGUCCUGAGGCAUUCGGAGAAUAACACUGAACUAAGUGUAACUGAGUGCCAAAUAGUUCCCGGAAGUCGACCAGGAGAUCACUUUGCCAGUAUUAUCUUUCGUGCUCAUGUAAACUAUCAAAGCCGUGGAGCAAACCAUGAAGUGUCGUUAAUAGUCAAGACCAUUCCCGAAGAUAACGGUUUAAAGCGAGAUUUACUGAAAGAUGGAGUCAUGUUCGAAACGGAAACGAUAAUGUACAACACCGUGAUAACGGAAAUGCACCGAUUGCUUCGGUCGGUAGGCGAUGAGACGGAACUUGGACCAAGAUUGCUCUAUUCGGCCAAGGAACCAAAGAUAGUGAUGGUAUUCGAAGACAUUUCCAAACGGGGCUACACGAUGAAAAAUAAGCUUCUCGAUUUGAAUGAAACGAAAAUAGCCUAUGGAAAAUUGGCAAGAUGGCAUGCAGCAUCACUGCAUCUUGCUAAUACGGUUCCAGUAAUAAAAUCGUUAAAUAAAGGUCUUGCCUCUAUUGCUGGUCCGGAAUUUGAAACAAUGUGGGAGACUAAUAUUGGAAUGUUGGCCAAGGUGUGCCAAGAAUGGCCAGGAUAUGAACAUUUUAGUGAAAAGAUUGAUUACCUCAAGAACAAAAUCUUCAAGAAGAUCCGUGAAAUCUAUCAAUUGAAAGAAUCAACACUAUAUAAUGUGCUGAUCCAUGGAGACUUUCACUUCAAAAAUAUGAUGUACAAAAUUGUCGACGGAACCACACAGGAUAUAUUAUUGAUCGACUAUCAAAUCAGCCAGUGGGGAUCUCCGGCAAUCGAUAUAAUCUACUCUCUCUACAUGUUGUGUUCUACGGAAACCAGAGAAAACCAUCGUGAUGAAAUAAUCAAAUUCUACUAUGACGAAUUCGCAGCGUCGCUGAAUAAAUUUGGUCAUCUUGGAAAAAUUCCAUCUUUGCUUGAUCUUCAUGUUGAAAUUCUCAAAUGUGGUCACCUAGAAUCAUUCCUGACAUCUGCUUUCCUUCCGUUUAUGAUUAUAACAUUCGAAGAAAUGAUGGAAGAACACGCAAAAAACUACAGCCCGGAAGAAGGCUUCGAAUUAUUCGAUGUCAACGAUACGGAAAAAAUGCAAGAAAUGGCUCUGGGAGGCUACCGCAGACAUCGUUAUGCAGAGGUUAUGCAAAAAUGUUUGCCCGUAUUUCUGAACAAAGGUUUUCUUGAUGUUUAAACCGCCAUACAUUGUCUCGUAUGGAUCUACACAGUAUUGCGCAGAGCAAAGUAGCUAGUUAACUUUUUACGAUAUAUUGUGUAAAGUUUGUUAACGCAUGGUAGAAUGCAAAUGAACUUAUCAAAAUUUUCAACUGUGUAAUUUGGCCCGAAUAACUCAAGAAAGGUAUUAAAUAUUUUAUUCGUUAAAUGCACU